AUGGCGAACUUGCAGAAGGCGCAGAAGUCCAUAUCGAGCUUUUUCACAAAGGCUGCAACCCAGAGAGUGCCUUCGGACGAAAAUGCAGCCCUUUCACUUCCGACUGGGCGUCUAAAUGGCAACAAUGAUGACUUUGAGCUUCCAGCAGCAAAACGUGUCCGCAGAAGCUCGCCGACUGGUGGUGCAGAAGUCGACUCUCUUGUUCAAGAUCAACCUCUGAUUGCCAUCUCACCGAACAAGCAAAUAUCAGCAUCAAGAACCUCCAAAUUUGUCUUCUCGUCGUCGCCCCAGCAGGAAAAUGUUUCUGAAUUGGUCUCAGGCGAGGAUCUACAACAGAAAGAGAGGUUGCAUGAAAGGUUCGUUAAGAAACUUGGAAAGCCAGACAGUAUUGCGGACAUCAAGCGUCGCAACCGGGCUCUCAUGGAAGACGAAGCAGGUGAGGAGGAGGUUGACGAGGAGCCACCAGAAGAAGCGAAGCCUGCACCGAGGGGAAAGAAAGGCGUUGCGGCGAAGAAGGGAUCCAGCAAGCUGACACCGAUGGAGAAGCAAGUCCUGGAGAUCAAAAGAGCACAUAUGGAUACAUUGCUAGUGGUUGAGGUUGGCUACAAGUUCCGAUUCUUUGGAGAGGAUGCUCGGAUUGCUGCCAAAGAACUGAGCAUUGUUUGUAUACCUGGGAAGUUCCGAUAUGAUGAACAUCCAUCUGAAGCUCACAUCGAUCGUUUUGCUUCGGCAAGUAUCCCUGUUCACAGACUACAUGUCCAUGUAAAACGACUUGUUGCAGCUGGUCAUAAAGUUGGCGUGGUACGGCAACUCGAAACUGCAGCUUUAAAAGCUGCGGGGGACAAUCGUAAUGCUCCUUUCGUGCGGAAGCUGACGAAUCUGUAUACAAAGGGUACUUACAUUGACGAUGUAGAAGGCUUGGAGGAGUCUGGUGCUGGUCCUCCUCCAGCUCCUGCGACUGGCUUUCUACUUUGCUUAACCGAAUCCAAUGCAAAAGGCUGGGGCAAUGACGAGAAAGUCCAAGUCGGCAUUGUUGCCGUGCAACCUGCGACAGGAGACAUUAUCUAUGACGACUUCGAGGACGGUUUUAUGAGAGCGGAGAUUGAGACGAGACUGCUACACAUUGCACCUUGUGAGUUCUUGAUUGUUGGUGAGCUUUCCAAAGCUACCGACAAGCUUGUACAGCAUCUUUCACGCAGCAAGACGAAUGUUUUCGGUGAUAAGGUGCGUGUGGAGGGAGUCCCUAAGCAGAAAACUAUGGCGGCACAAGCAUACAGUCACAUAUCAUCUUUCUACGCUGACCGGAUGAGAGAGACAAGAGAGGAUGGUGGCAAGAGCAGCAAUCUGCUGGAGAAGGUUUUGACUUUGCCUGAGAAUGUCACAAUUUGCUUAUCGGCGAUGAUCACGCACAUGCAAGAGUAUGGAUUGGAACAUGUUUUUGAUCUUACCAAGUAUUUCCAGCCUUUCUCUGCACGAUCACACAUGCUAUUGAAUGGCAACACUUUGACCAGCCUCGAGAUCUAUCAGAAUCAGACAGAUCACACCAUCAAAGGAAGCCUACUCUGGACGUUAGACCAUACCUCCACCAAAUAUGGUCAGCGGUUAUUGAGGAAAUGGGUCGGUCGACCUCUGCUUGACAAGCCGAAACUUGAAGAACGACUUGGCGCUGUUGAGGAACUACUCGAUACCGCGAAGACAGCCAAGGUGGAGCGAUUGAAAAGUGUCCUUUCGAAGAUGAAGAUCGAUCUGGAGAAGAGCCUUAUCAGGAUCUAUUACGGAAAAUGUACUCGGCCGGAGUUAUUGAACGUGCUGCAAUCGCUUCAACUCAUCGCUUCAGAAUUUGCGCAUGUCUCCUCGACCACCUCUACAGGCUUCUCAUCAUCGCUCAUAUCGUCGGCCAUCACUGCACUACCGUCUAUAUUGUCCGAGGUUGUUGCGUAUCUGGACAAAAUCAACCUCGAAGCUGCCAGAUCAGAUGACAAAUAUGCUUUCUUCCGCGAGGAGCAGGAGACAGAUGCUAUCUCUGAGCAUAAAUUUGGCAUUGCAAGCGUGGAGCAAGACCUAGAUGUCUAUCGCACCACGGCAGCUGAGAAGAUUGGUAAGAAGAAUCCUGUGGAGUAUAGUACAGUGGCAGGUAUAGAAUAUCUCAUCGAGGUGUCGAACUCUUCGACCCUGCUGAAGAAGGUCCCAGCUUCCUGGAUCAAGGUUUCCGGAACCAAAGCGAAUUCCCGCUUCCACCCACCGGAAGUCAUCAAGUUUGUUCGGGAGCGGGAUCAGCACAAAGAGGCGCUUGCUGCUGCCUGUGACGAUGCUUUCAGAGAUCUUCUGGCUGAUAUCAGCACGAAGUAUCAGCUUUUCCGUGAUUGCAUACAGAAUCUUGCUACGCUUGACUGCCUACUCGCCUUGGCUACGACAGCACAGCAACCAGGCUAUUCGAAACCGAUCUUCGUGGACGAGAACGUCAUACAGGUCGAAGGCGCCAGACAUCCUAUGGUCGAGCACCUGCUCCUCGACGCAUAUGUCCCGAACGAUAUCCAACUCUCUCAAGACUCAACUCGAGCACUGCUUAUCACCGGUCCCAACAUGGGCGGCAAAUCCUCCUACGUCCGUAGCGUGGCACUCAUCUGCAUCAUGGCGCAGAUUGGUUGCUAUGUGCCCGCCUCGUCUGCCAAACUGGGUCUCCUCGAUGCCGUCUUCACUCGCAUGGGUGCCUUCGACAACAUGCUUAGCGGCGAAAGCACAUUCAUGGUCGAGCUCUCCGAGACGUCCGAUCUCCUCAAACUCGCCACCCCUCGCUCCUUGGUAAUCCUCGACGAGCUAGGUCGCGGCACAAGCACCCAUGACGGCGUGGCCAUUGCGCAGGCUGUGUUGGAUUACAUAGUAAGAGACUCGAAGGCCUUCACACUGUUCAUCACGCAUUAUCAGACUCUAGCUACAAUGGCGGAUGGAUUCCCAAAUAAGGAGUUGAGGAAUGUGCAUAUGCGGUUUGCGGAACAGGAGGGCAGUGAUCAGGUUACCUUUCUCUAUGAGGUUGGGGAGGGGACCGCCCAUAGAAGCUAUGGAUUGAAUGUGGCGAGGUUGGCGAAUAUUCCUGAGAGAGUUAUCGAGGUUGCUGGGGAAAUGUCCAGAGAGAUGGAGGAGAUGAUGAGGUUGAAAAAGGUUAAGGCUCUAGCGAGGAUUUUGGCUGAGGGCGGGGAGGAGGAUAGGCUGGACGCGAUUGUCGAGGGGAUUGAGCGGCUAUAG